UGGAACAGCUAAUAGAACUUGGAACAAGAGAUAAAAAAAAAAACUCUCAUUAACUCACUGACACUUCACUAUACCAAGCACUACCUAACCUUGUAGGGUCAGUGGAAAACCCCAUUAUCCUACUAUUUCUUGGUUUUGAAAUAUAAAUUAUAAUUUUUUAUUCUGAAUCUUCUAUAAGGACAAUCAUCAUCGAAUGUUGAUGCCAGAAACCCGAAAAUGGAAUCAGAUACCAAAGGACAGACACAGGCACAAUCGAUGGAAGAGGUCCCCGAAACCAUCGCCACUAAAGCACAGGAGCGAAUAAAAGAACUCAAGUUUACAAGAGGAGAUGCGACGCAAGAAUGGCAAAAAUCUGGCAAAGAUUUCAUUAUGAGUAUCUGGGACUUCGGGGGCCAGCCGAUAUAUCAUGUGAUACAACGAAUAUUUAUGGUAUCUUUUGCCGUUAUUUGUGUGGUAUUUAACCUGGAAGAUGAUCUUGACUCCCCAGCUAAAGUCAGGGAUCCAACCACUGGUGAUAUAUACGAACAUCGGAUGACAAACCUUGAGUUCAUUCUGUACUGGAUUCGAUCAGUUUACACCAACAGUCGAGAUUCAGAGGAAGAUGGACAACUUUCACCGCCAGUACUAGUUAUUGGUACGCACUUAGGCAGCCUCGAUGGGAAUGAAGAGGAAAAGAAAAGAAAGGUAUGAAACAACUAUGUCAUG